GGUCCGAGAUACGGCACAAAAAUCUAUAAUUCAACAUAUACAGGCCGGUGGUGAUUACAUUAAGAGUGCUUUGUAGGGUUGUAAUCAACUCGGUAACACCAGUAAUCCCUUAAUAGCUCUGAAUGCUGACUCGCGUAGUACAUCUACAAGCAUGGAUCUCCUAACUGUGACCACAGUGUUAGUGGCCUGCAUGUGCCAGAAGAUGGUUCAAGGGUACAGCUACCCAACAUAUUAUAUGGAAUCCCGAUGCGGUGGAUCGUUAGAUGUUAGUAAUUUUGAUGCCACCCGGCUGUUACUGACCUCUCGGUUUAGUUAUAGAAGCAACGAGAGAUGUAAGCUUACUGUCCAGGUGGCCAACGGAAAGAGAAUCAUGGCGAAGUUCAGCUCCUUGGACAUCGAGAGUUCAGCAUUCUGCAGGGACGACCGUUUGACUCUGUACGACGGCCCCAGUACCACUAGCCCAGCGCUGUCAGGUAUCAACGGCAUCUGUGGGUUCUCCACACCUUCCACCGUGUACGUUACGUCGGGUCAAUAUCUCACCCUUUACUUCCAGAGCGACUUCCUCCUCCAGUACAAAGGAUUUACUGUUAUACUCACGGAAUUUAGCUAUACAUGCAAUAAUGUGACGAGCUUCCACUGCCGGAACAGACGCUGUAUUGACAGUUCUCUGACGUGCGAUGGAUGGAACAACUGUGGUGACAGCACAGACGAGAUUGAAGGGUGUGGCCUGUCUACAGGGGGCGUGGCCGGAAUUGUCAUAGGCGCCUUCUUCGUGGUUGUCGUUCUCAUAACCGUGUCAAUUUUCGUGCGAAGACGGCGGGCUCGAUACACUGUUCUUCUUAGCAGACCUGACCAAUGCAGCACAGUUACCAAGACAACGUACUCCACACCUGUGCAAGGCAAUUACCCCAGUUACCAGCAACAACAGUACCCACCACCACCCGCCGGGGCCUACUCUCAGCCUGGACCCCUUCCUGCCGGAGCCUACCCACAAUAGGAUUCGCCCAUACCAGCACCUGUCUUGGAGAUAACAUAAUCAUUUAGCUUUUUCCCAAAUUUUUUUAUCAUCCACCACAAAUAACG